AUGCGGGACAAGUACAGGACGAGGUCGGCCUCUCGCCUCCCCUCAGCCUUGCUCGCCUGGGCAGUGCUGCUCCUCAGCUCCCUGUACACAUGCUCCAGCUUGGGUGCCGUGCCACCGCAGCACGGCCCCUUGUGCCCGUUUCACGCCACCUCUUUCGACGACGACUCGGACCUCUACUUCCAGCCCCAGCCUGUUAAUGCCAGCUCGCUCGACAACGCGUGUGGCGUUUCGAGCGCCUCGUGCUGUUCAUCUGCCUAUCUGGCAAAGGUAGCGCGGCUGCAGGACAACAUCAGCAAGCAGCUGGCGGUAAAUCUGCGCGUGCCCGAGAGUGUCGAGGGCAAGGACUGCCAGACAGAGCUGAACCAGCUCCGGUGCCUGCCGUGCGCGGCCGACAUGAAGGGGCGAGCGCGUCUAUGGCCGCCCCUGUCGGACGGCAAGCCCGACCGAAGAAAGAGCGGCGUCGAGGACGUGGAACUCGAGCUUUGUCCCGACUACUGCGCCCGUCUGUACAGCGCGUGCAAGGAAGCUCUGGUGGUCACGAGCGGCGUGAAGGUGCGGCAGCACUACCCGUCAUCGUCCGUGUUCUGUCGGCAGCACUUUCGAGAACUUUUCGAUGUACGCCUGCAAACGGAAGCCGGGCUCUGCUACCCUGUCGCCCCAGGCUGCGAGUAUGCGUCACUGGGGCGCCAGUACACGCCGUGCGUAGAGCACAGCGGCGUUGAGUGUGGAAGGGGCAAGUACCUGCCCUGGGGCGCAUCCGAGUGCAGCACCUGCGCGCCCGGCACCUUCAGCUCUGGCUGGCCGCUGCGUCUCGCCCAGUGGGACCCGAGAGACUACCUCAACGCAUCACUGCCCUUCGUCACCUACUGCGCCGACCCAAAAGGUCGUCGACUACCUCCGAGCUCUUCAUGCACUGGGUGGGUUGUUGAUGCUGAGGGCUUCGUUGAUUCGGGCAAGACGGCUCACUCGCGACAGUCUGCCCUCGAGGCAAGUCUCAACUUUAUUGAGGCUGGGGACGUCACGUUCACCUUUCAAGUGAGCUCGGAAGCCGGAGCCGAUGUGCUCCGGUUCUUCGUCGACGGGGUCAUGUUGAUGGACCUGCAAAGCGAUGUCACGCGAUUCACCACGCGCACCUUCAGCGUCUCCCGUGGCAACCACCUGCUCUUGUGGACCUACGCCAAAGACGAGGGCCAGAGCAAGGGCCUCGACAAAGCCGUCCUCUCUGUAAUCGAGAUCAAGGGCCUGCGGUAUGCACAAGACGGCGAAUGCAGCAAGUGUCCGCCCGGCACCACCUCACAGGCGGGCGCCGGUGACUGCGAGAUGUGCCCCGCCAACUACGUGGCGGCGGAGGCGGGUAGCAGCGCCUGCGAGCCCUGUCCCAGCGACGAAUACGCCCUUCCAGGCUCCACCUAUUGCUGGCCUCGAGCGCCCUGCCACGAGCACUCCUAUCACUACGUUUACUCCGAGUGUGUAAAUGGGUCACGGUCCAAGGUCUUGGAGUGGUUCCAGCCGGUGAUCUGCAACACAUCGAGCAUCGACCCGCCAUUGCGAGUUGAUGGCCUGCCGUGUGUCACCAAGUGUCCAGCGGGCGAACACAAACCCGAGGGAAGCGACACGUGCCGGGCGUGUGCGGACGGGUAUUACAGCCGAAGCGGCGGUCGGUGUGAAGCCUGUCGGCCGGGCGAAGUGGCACUGCGCUCGCUGCACUUCAAGAACUUUACGCGAUGGGAAGACCUCCCUGGUCUCUCCACCUACUGUUCCGGUCGCUGCACCUCUGGCUGGCUGCUGCACGACACGCAUGCCGAGUCGGGGCAUGGACACGGCCGCUACGCGCAGUCUACUCUGCAACUGGUGGUGCAAGUGGGUCCGUUGGGAGGCAAGCUGACAUUCGGCUUCUCGCUGGUCUGCAGCGAGCGCUGCCGCUUCGAGUUCGCCUCCUCGGGUCGGGUGAUGGGCGAGUUCUUCACCGGCGACGCCGACGAUAAGGAGUACAGCCUGCCCCAAGGAAACUACACCUUCACGUGGACGUUCACCACCCACCGAUCGGGCGACAUGCCGUCCAACGAUCACGCCACCAUCUGGCACGGCAUCGAGAUUUUCGCGCAGGUUGAAGGAGCCGAACUAUGUGGCGUAGUUUAUCAGGGCGGUUGGUACGGAGACGGGAGGAGCUGGCAACUGCAUGCCGUGCCAGGAGGGGACGUACAGCCCUUCGGUGGGGUCCAGCUGUGUGCCAUGCUCUGCCGGCUCGUCCAGUCGGAGAGGGUCGACGGGGUGCGAGCUCUGUCAAGCUGCCCCGUGGCAGGGUCAAAGUGCUUGGCCUGCGGCAAUGGUGUGGCGAGCGUCGAUGGCGCCACCAACUGCUCUAUCUCUCUCACCUACACCACCACACUGGCGCUGCCCUCGCGUCCGAACCGAGCCAUCACCUUCGACCUGACCGCACUGGUCCAGCGUAACAAGCCGUACGGGCCGGUGCUGGGCGCUCGCGGUAUCAAGUACUACAUCAACGUGGGCACCCGCGAGGUGGCCCGCGGCCCCUGUCCGCCCGGCUUCGGGUGCGUCGUGUACGCCAACGGCAGCGUAGCGAGUCUGGGCUAUGAGAUGAGCUACGACGAUAACAUCAUCGACAGCCUGUCGCCAGACAGCGAAGCCACUGAGGUGUCCCGCGAGGCGGCGAUCGCGGAGGGCCUGCGGCUGAAUUUCACGCGCGGUGAUUGCGGUGGCGAGGUCAGGACCACCACUAUCGCGUUCAUAUGCGACCCCAGAGCCGGGAAGGGCACCCCCGAGUUCGUCCACGAGAACCCCGCCUGCCACCACCAGUUCCGCUGGCGGUCCCUCUUCGCGGCACGUCGAACGAGCAACCAAACAUGCCUUUUAUGA